AGUAAAGAGCAGAUCUCAUCUUUGUGAAGUGACAAAAGCAGGAGUCUUCUUUCUUUCAGUGGAGACACGUCGAUCAGAGCUCGAUGGUGUGUUUUUAUUAUUGAGCUGCGCUUUAAAGUCAACUUUACAAAAAGAAGAAAAAAAAGUGAAGUGCAGCUGGACGGAAAAUUUAAGGCGUGAAUUGAAGAAGUUGGUCGCUCAGUGGGAAGUGAAAACCGUCAUUUGCGUAAUAUUUUUAAGUCGACUUUUUCUGUCGCCUCGUUUCAUCAAGUGCCUUUGGAUAUCAAAAUUUUGCCAUUUGUAGGAAAGGAAGCCUGCGGAGAGAAAGAGCGAUGUCACUGUGAUGUCUGUUGCUGGCAUCAUCUCAGCCUUUCAAGGAGCUCGUGGGAAAAGGACGCCGAGGGGAAGGAGCUGAGGGGAGAGGACAGCAGAAGAGCUUUUUUAUGAGGACAGAAUGGAGGUGACUGCACCCUGCAUGCGGAGUGAUGAUAGCUCCAUGUGAUUCAUUUUUCUUUUUCAGUAUUUUAAGCUGAGCAGGUGUGAAGGAGUCACUGUUUUGUGGAAUCUAGUGGCUGUUUCUCUGGAGGUGACAAGGCUGAGUUCAGCAGCUGCUAGGCUGCAGCUAUGGACGUUGAGGUGAGAUUUCCUCCCCCCGCAUUAGUGACCUCUUCGCUGUUUGCCUCAUCAUGCGGGACAAAUUUUUCUACAUCACCCUGGAGCUGCUGAUUGCCAUCUUCUCAGUGCUGGGAAAUGUGUUGGUCUGCUGGGCCGUGGCCCUCAACAGUAACCUCCAGAGCAUCACCAACUUCUUCGUGGUGUCGCUGGCUGUGGCCGACAUCGCCGUGGGCGUCCUGGCCAUUCCCUUUGCCAUUGUCAUCAGCAUCGGGUUCUGCUCCAACUUCUAUGGCUGCCUGUUUAUUGCGUGCUUUGUGCUGGUUCUCACACAGAGCUCCAUCUUUAGUCUGCUGGCCAUCGCUAUAGAUCGCUACAUUGCAAUCAAGAUACCACUCAGGUACAACAGCUUGGUGACAGGACAGCGGGCUCGAGGCAUCAUUGCCAUAUGCUGGAUUUUAUCCAUCAUCAUCGGUUUGACCCCCAUGAUGGGCUGGCAUGGUGGGGAGUCAAGAAACGGCACCAACGAAACCAAAAGCAGCCCCUGCCAGCCGGGCAUGAUGAAGUGCCUGUUUGAGGAUGUUGUCAACAUGAAGUACAUGGUCUACUUCAACUUUUUUGCUUGUGUGCUGAUCCCCUUGCUGCUAAUGUUGGCCAUCUACCUGUGUAUCUUCAUGGCAGCUCGCCACCAGCUCAUGCUGAUUGAAGUAAAAGCGUCUCAUGGGGAAAAGUCCCGCUCCGUCCUGCAGAAAGAGGUCCAGGCUGCCAAGUCUCUGGCCAUCAUUGUGGGCCUGUUUGCGGUCUGCUGGCUUCCUUUACAUAUCAUUAACUGCUUCACCCUCUUCUGUCCUCAGUGUGAUCGUCCUCCUGCUUUGGUUAUGUAUGUGGCCAUUAUCCUAUCCCAUGCCAACUCUGUGGUCAACCCCUUCAUCUACGCCUACCGCAUCCGAGAGUUCCGGCACACCUUCCGUAGGAUUAUUAGGCGGCACAUCCUGGGGAAGCGGGAGGUGUUUGAGAGCAGCGGGAGUAAGCGGAACUCUACUCACAACAGCAUCACGGACUCCAUCAGGCUCAAAGCAAAUGGCCUCAGCUUUGACCUUUUCACAGAGCACAGCAGCAGUACCUGUGAGAACUCCUGCCGCUGUCCUGCUCACAUCUCCCCUUUAGAGGGUGGUCUGGCAACAGUGUCUCACCCGCCUCUGUCAGUUGUUAUCGCCCACUGCCCCAAAGUGGGGACGUGUCCACUUCAAGCCCUCAGGCAGACUCAGCUCCCGGCGGGGAACGACUGCUCUGAACCAGAGAUCCUGGAGGAAAACUGCAGACAGAACCUCGCCCCAGCACAGGUUGCACUGCUGUUCAACACCCAGGACAGGAAGAGCUGCUGUAGCGAGCUAGAUAAAGUGCACUGAUCUAUGCGCCGCAGGGAUCAUUUGCUAAUUCCUCGCAGUUAGUUGUGAAUGUCUGCUCAGGAUCACCAUGAAUCUCUAAUUUCCAAUGGGAGUACUGUAAACAGCUGACAGACAAUGAAUGUCACUCACUGAGAUAAACGAAACAGGACUGAAAACUGUCUCUACUAUUUAAAUACAGUGACAUGUCAAUUGAACUCAGAAUAAGUCUAAAAGGCACCGCUAUUGUUACCGGAAGGCUACGUCUUAUCAACCCACAUGACCGGGGGUGGUUUGUAAUGUGCAGCCACUUCACAAGUUGUUCUGUGGAAAUUUCAACACCAUCCAUGAAUGUAUGCUUAUUUAAGUCAAAUUCAGAUGAUAAAUUAUCUGCAGAUGUCCAUUACUGCUCUCUAUGUUCUCACAAGUAGACUGGCACCAAGUGCUGUCUUUAAAUAAAUCCUUUCACACUUUUAAUGUGUGCUUGCUGUGUAUACAUUUUUGCAAUGGCUGCAAUAUCCCUGUCUUUAUUCAGGAGCUGCAGGAACACCUCCAGACAUCCCACUGGCUUUUCAGCAGACAGGCUCGUGAUCUGGUCAUUCGGAGAAAUGGUGGAUUAAAUUGUCAUCAUUUUUGGCGUUUCUUUAUUUUUGCAGUUUUUAUCAGAACAGCUCUUGAGGCCUAUUCCUUGUUAAAGAUUUCACAGCCAAAAAAGAUGUCCUGUGUCCUCCUGUGGGGCAAAGGACACAGGAGAUCUUUUGAGCUGUAAAUCUUAUCUCCUCAGCUGGAUCACCUCAUCUCAAAUAAGAAAACUUUUUUUUUUUUUUUGCAUUAUGGCCGUGAAACUUUAUCUUCAUACAAUAAAUACUUUUCUGGAUGUGGUUCUUUUGAAUGAUGGUCCACAGACGCACUUUCAAGACAUUGUUUUGCACUGAACUAUGAGGCAAUGAUUGAAUGUCAAUGUCUCAAAACAAUGAGAUAAAAGCCAAAAAAUUUUUAUUUGUCGUUCUUACCAUCAAAUUGAAU